AUGGGUCGCGGUGAGCUUGAAGAAAUAUGUGAUCGGUAUCUCAGUCGCAGAGAAGAACAACAAAAAGUGACAGAGGCGGUGGAAAGGUGCUUAAGGAAAGGAUACGAUUACGAUAAAAUGAAGGACCGUGUGUUAGAAGCUAUAGCGGACUCUCAUCGAGCGCACAAAGUUAUCUCAGCAAUAUGUAUAGCAUAUCCACAAUUUCGCAAAAGAACUAAGUUUGAAGAAAACAAGGAUGAUUCGAAAAGGCGUAAAAAGGAGCACAGUCAUAGAGACAGAUCUCGAGAAAGGAGUAGAGCUAAGGAUAAGGAGAAAGAGAAAGAAAGUGAGAGGGAACGUCGGCGACGCGAUGAAGUGAACAAAAAGGAGCUGGAAAAGGAGAAAGAGAAAGAGAAAUUGAAAAAUUUGGCGAAGGAGUUGUACCAAAAGAAGUUGGAGGAAGAGGAAGCCAAGCGAAAUGUUGUUGUUACAGAGGAGACCUUAAGAGCCAAAGAACUUAUGUAUAAAGCUCAACAAGAAAUCGAAGAGCGAAAACGUCAGCUUGGUUUGGCGGCAGCUUCACAAACUCUUAUUGGAGUCGCUGCUGUUCCACCUUUGACCGCAAAGAAUGUUGCCUUGCGACCUCAGGAAGCUCAAAUGUUCAUCCAAGCAUCUAUGAAUAAGAAAAGUCGAGUUGACGAAUUGAAGGCUAAACUUGCGAAAGCUACCUCAACUAUCAAUUCUUUGGUGCGGCCCAAUGCGCCAGUGAUGGCUCCAUUGCCUGACAUCGCUCCUGGUAUUCUAAAAGAACGCGAGGAAGAACCGGAAGAUGAGCUCUUAGAGUUUGUGGAUCCGCGCAUCGUGGCGCGACCUGCAGAAAGGAGCUACCUCAACUACUCUUUGGUGCGGCCCAAUGCGCCAGUGAUGGCUCCAUUGCCCGACAUCGCUCCUGGUAUACUAAAAGAACGCGAGGAGGAACCGGAAGAUGAGCUCUUAGAGUUUGUGGAUCCGCGCAUCGUGGCGCGACCUGCUGAAAGGAAACGUAAAAUGUUCAAUUUUCACGAAAAAGGAGAGUUUGAACAGCUCGCAAAUAAGCAGAGGGCGGUGGCCAAGCUGGAAAGAUUGCAGGUACUGUUGAAGCGUUUCGUUUCUCAUAUUAGUUCCUGA